AUGGAGCCGUUGAUCGAGGCCCUUAUCCAGUGGGUCAUCGACAACAACCAGGUCCUUUCGAAGACGUUCGAUGCCAUCACUACUGAGCUCAGCGGCUCGUCUUAUCCGAACAUGCAGAUGAUCUACCAGUUUUUUGUGUACAUAAAGAGCACGGUGGCAACCGCCGUGGUGUCAGAUGUGCCGAUAGUUGCCGAGGCUGCAUUGGCAAUGGAAGAGAAGCUGAACGUGUACGACGAUUUGGUGGUGUGCGACGAAAGCGCCGUUGCAUACGUUUCGGAUCCCCGCUUGAAACGGUUUGCCAGUCUUGAUGCAGCGACUCAAGGUGCGACCCGCGACAAAGUUCUUGCACUUGGCGCCAAAUCAUUCAAAAAUACCCGCCACGAUCGUGUUGCGCGGGAAGCAAACAAGCCGGUUUCCUUCUUUGAAAGCCUUUCGGGAGCGCAGGAGGCCGCGCGAACUGGUUCCGAGCUCACCACGGUUGAGCAGUUGGAAGAGUACGGGAAAGCAGCAGUGGCCGGGUUCAAGACCGAUAUUCGAAACUGGUGGAAGAUGCAUGAACGUCAGUGGCCCCUUCUGGCAAAGGUUGCUCGCUUCUGUAUGAAAUGGUCGCAACCUCUGUUCCGUCAGAGUGCGUAUUCUUCGACUCCGGGAACAUGA